AUGGAGCACUAUUCAUCUUCCAGCGGCGGCGAAUAUUCCACCACAACCACGCGCCGCGCCUCCUGCUUCCCUUGCUGCUUCACCUACCACCGCUCCACCACCGACGACGACUUAUCAUGGUGGGAGCGCUUGCGAAACACUUCUCUAUCUCAUGGAUUCAUGAAGAUCCGCGAGUGGUCCGAGAUCGUUGCCGGACCACGCUGGAAGACGUUUAUUCGGCGGUUCAACCGGAGCAAACCCGGAUCUGGAGGCUACCGUCAAACCGGGAAAUACCAGUACGAUCCUUUGAGCUACGCCUUGAACUUCGAUGACGGAGAUUUAGAAGAUGAAUCUCCUGAUGAGUUUCCGAAAUUUUCCGAUCGUUAUGCAACGGCUCCACUUCACAAGCCUGGUUCCACGGAGUCGGGACAGAACGGCGUCGUUUCGAGCAGAGAAUGA